CCUCACAUCACAUCACAUCACAUCAACAUAAGUACCCAAUUUAUUUAUUUUAUUUGGCAUCUCUCUAUUAUUUCUCCGAAUUGUAAAUCAACUCCAACAAACAGUGUCACAGAAAUCGCGUGCGCCUGCUCUAGAUCGAUCUAUUUGCCCUUUUUUUUUUUUGAUUUCAACUCCGUCCAUCCACACCCGCCGAAGCUCACCGGAAGUCCAAAUAAGGAGGAGGCAGUGGCUGAUUGUGUAGGUUGUGGUGGAGGUGGUUUUGCUGAUCAGUUGUGGUAGAAGUUAAGAAAGAAAGAAAAAACCUGAAAAUGAGUUCAGACAGCCGCAGCAGAAGCAGGAGCAGGAGUCGUAGCCCAGGGAACCGUAAGAUUCGCUCUGACCGAUUUUCGUAUCGUGACGCUCCUUAUAGGAGAGAUUCAAGUCGGGGCUUCAGCCGAGACAAUUUGUGCAAGAACUGCAAGAGGCCUGGUCAUUAUGCUAGAGAAUGCCCAAAUGUUGCAGUCUGCCACAAUUGUGGCCUUCCAGGGCACAUUGCUUCUGAAUGCUCCACAAAAUCCGUGUGCUGGAAUUGCAAAGAACCUGGCCACAUGGCCAGCAGUUGUACCAAUGAGGGCAUUUGCCACACCUGUGGUAAAACUGGCCACCGUGCUAGGGAGUGCUCAGCUCCAUCAAUGCCACCAGGGGACUUAAGGCUGUGCCAUAACUGUUAUAAGCCGGGUCACAUUGCUGCUGAAUGUACGAAUGAGAAGGCUUGCAAUAACUGUAGGAAAACAGGGCACUUGGCACGUGAUUGCCCAAAUGACCCAAUUUGCAAUGUGUGCAAUGUUUCUGGACAUUUGGCUAGACAAUGUCCAAAAUCCGAUGUUAUUGGAGACCAUAGUGGCAGAGGCAGCUUCCGUGGUGCUGGUGGUGGCGGCGGCGGUUACCGUGAUGUGGUGUGCAGGAACUGUCAGCAAUUAGGUCAUAUGAGUCGGGACUGCAUGGGCCCCCUGAUGAUUUGUCACAAUUGUGGAGGCCGUGGUCACUUGGCAUAUGAGUGUCCUUCAGGUCGCAUUGUUGAUCGAUACCCUAGUAGGAGGUACUAAUGGAUGACAAGUUAUCGAUUAUGGUUAUAUCGUUUUUAUAUAUUUAUAUCUUUUGAGGACUGAUUGUUGAAUACUGAUAGUGUAUGUGUUUGAAUUAACUCUAAACUUGGUAGGGUCACGAUAAGGAUCAUAUGCCAAUAGAUCGGCCAUUCAGUUAUUAUGAUUUUGCUUGUGCUAUGAAUAAGAUUUAGUUUUGCUGCA